AAGAACUUGUACUAAAAAAAAACAUGUAAAAACGUUAGCAAUAAUUAAUAACAGUGAUGAUAAAAUUCUAGUAUUAAGAAGCGGAGAGAGAAGACGAACACUUUCUGGUUCUUCUCUAUCUUCUAGUAUAUUAGUAGUAGCAACAUCCUCACUUCUCUCUUUCAUAUAUAUCUCUCUCCUCUCUUUCGCUGAAUAACAACUCAGCAAUCAAGAAGAUCAGAUCAAAGGAAGAGGAUCUUUAUCUGUUCCAUCAAAAUACCCACUGGUCAGACAAUCCAUCAAUCAAAUCAACAAAAUCUCAGAAAGAAAGAGAAGUAUCAUAAAAAAUAUGUCCUCGUCUUCAGCUGCCUUUGGACCAGACCACCUCUCUUCCUCCGAGCAGCUUUGUUAUGUCCAUUGCAACUUUUGUGACACUGUCCUCGCGGUGAGUGUACCUUGCACUAGCUUGUACAAGACUGUUGCGGUUCGAUGUGGUCACUGCACCAACCUUUUGUCUGUGAGCAUGCAUGGCCUACUUCCUGCAGCUAAUCAAUUUUAUCUUGGCCAUGGCUUCUUCAAUCCUCAGAAUAUCCUGGAGGAGAUCAGGAAUGGAGCACCGCCGAAUCUGCUGAUCAACCAGCCACAUCCAAACGAAUCGGUUAUUCCAUUUCGAGGCGUUGAGGAGAUCCCUAAACCACCUAUGGUUAACAGACCUCCAGAAAAGAGACAUAGAGUCCCAUCUGCCUACAACCGCUUUAUCAAGGACGAGAUCCAGCGCAUUAAAGCUGGGAACCCUGAUAUAAGUCACAGAGAAGCAUUUAGUGCAGCUGCAAAGAAUUGGGCCCACUUCCCACAUAUCCAUUUCGGACUGAUGCCUGAUCAACCUGUGAAGAAAGCUAACGUGCGUCAACAGGAAGGAGAGGAUGUGCUCAUGACAGAUGAGUUUUUUGCUGCUGCAAAUGUGGGGGUCACUCCCUACUAAGAAGUGGAGCUCUUAGGGUUUUCUUUGUUACUUCCCGCUUAAUUUACCCUUGUCUUUUAAUUUUCUUGUAAUUGUUUUCAAGGUACUUCUUUUAAGCUUUCUUUUUAGAAGACCCCUAAGAAUUAAUGGGGUUGCUGUUGGCUUAUGUUGGUGUUGGUGUUGGUCUGGGAGAGGGUUUUGAAGCCUCUAAUGUAUGUGAAGCCUAUCUGCUAAGCUAUACUUGGGACGUAGUUCUCAAAACGUUAGCUAUGAUUACUAGCUAGUAAUGAUGAGGAAUCCUACUAUCA